CAGCCUUGGUUCCCACUGCAAGAAAAUUAUUUUUAUGUGUGUGGCUGUUAUCACAGCUCUCUAGUUCACAGGCUGCAGAUUCCUCAUUUUUUAAACAGUGAGGCUCUUGGAACUGGACACUGAAACUGGAAUCAUGAAGCUGGAGAUACCAGUAAAUUUUGAAGAUGUUGCUGUUGAGUUUUCAAGAGAGGAGUGGGAAAUACUGAGUAAACAGGAGAAAGAGCUACACAGAGAGGUGAUGGUACAGAACUAUGAGAACAUGAUUUCUGUAGGGUACAACAUCCCAGUGCAGCAGCUUUGGUUGUAUACGAAGAAAGAUGGGAGGGUCCCAGCUGAUGACACUGGAGGAGGAGGGAUGGUACAGAAGAAGCAACUUCCUGGUGUCAGAACAGGCCUCAACAGGAAUGCAGGUUAUCCUGAGAUACAGUGUCUGCACUCACCGCAUGGGAAACUCAUCGAUUCUGAACGUCACAGAUCUUUUCCAGAGAUUUCGAUUACAAGGCAAAACCUGAGGCAGAUCAAAAGCAGAAAACAUAAUUAUAUGGAAAAUAAAGAGAUGCUUAACAAAAAAGAUGAACUAGAAAUGCAUCUGGAAACCCAAGUAAGGGAAAGUCCAAGCAGAUGGCGUAAUCAUAACAAUAGUUUAAAGAUUCAUAGCUGCUCAUCUGAUCAAAUAAUUCACUGUGACAAAAGACAUAAGAAUACUUUGCCAGCACAUGAACAGAUAUUAAGUGGAGAGAAUCGAUAUAAAUCUGCCACAGAUGACAAAGGUUUUGCAGGCAAAACAAGAUCAGCAGCACAUAAGACGAUUCAAGAGCAGAAACCCUUUGAAUGUACUACUUGUGCCAAAUGUUUUACACAGAAGUCAAGCAUGGAAAAACAUCAGUUAGUCCACACUGGAGAGCGUGAGAAGAAAUACUACCAGCAGUGUGCCACAAGGGGCAAGGGUUUUACAGAAAAAACUAAAAUGAAAAAGUAUCAGUUUGCACAUACUGGGAAGAAACCCUAUAAAUGUGCCACAUGUGGUAAGGGAUUUACACAGAAGGGUAGCAUGGUGCGACAUCAGUAUAUCCAUGCUGAGCAGAAACCUUAUAAAUGUGCCACAUGUGGUAAGGGAUUUGCACAAAAGGGUAACAUGAUACUACAUCAGCAUAUCCAUACUAAUCAGAAACCAUAUAAAUGCAUUACAUGUGGCAUGGACUUUGCAUACAGGGCUAAGAUGUUGAGACACCAAUAUGCCCACACUGGGCAGAAACCUUAUAAAUGUGCCACAUGUGACAAGGGUUUUGCAAAGAAAGCUGAUGUGGUAAGCCAUCAAUUUGUACACACUGGACAGACUCCCUAUAAAUGUGCCUCAUGUGGAAAAGGAUUUACAAAAAAGUGGCGCAUGAUACAACACCAGCAUGUCCAUUCUGAGAAGAUGCCCUUUGUAUGCAUUACAUGUGGGAAGGGUUUUUUGAAUAAGAGUUCUCUGACAUUGCAUGUGGGUAUCCAUACUGGACAGAAACCCUACAAAUGUGACACAUGUGGCAAGGGUUUUACACAGAAGGCAAACAUGAUAAACCACCAGUUAGUACACACUGGACAGAAACCCUAUAAAUGCGCUACAUGUGGCAAAGGUUUUACAAGGAAGUAUCGUAUGCUAAGGCAUCAAUAUGCACACACGGGACAGAAGCCCUAUAAAUGUUCCACAUGUGGAAAGGGAUUUAUGGCAAAAGAUACAAUGAUACAGCAUCAGUAUGUCCAUACGAAACAGAGGCUAUAUAAGUGUGCCACAUGUGGCAAAUGCUUUAAACAUAAGAGAAGUCUGACGCAACAUCACAACAACCACAAAGAGUCAGUAAUAUAGAGCAGAGGUUAAGAAAGGCUCCCUUCUGGAAAAUUCUGGGCCCAGAUGCUGUACCCAUUUUUAUCCUUGAGUGUAAAAAGUACAGUUGUGUACACUGACCAUAAACGUCGAUGUUCGAGUGUAUUCACUGUUGCAGUCAUU